AUGGAUUCAUCCAAGGAAAAGAAGCCAACUCUACCGCGACUCGAUACAAACCUCCCUCCUGCUUCUGCCCCGGCCCCAGGCCAGCCUGGGACCCGCCGAUCGGUCUUCGACCGCCGUUUCCAACGCAAUCCUGAUCGCAGCGACCUCGAACCAGAGAAGCUCGCCGGUCUUGGUAUCCAUCCGCUCUUCCGCGAGGACGAGAUCACCACCGAUGAGAAUGCCAUCCCGGGUUCUCGGUUCUCCCCCAAGACCAUAGCCACUCACGUCAAGCAAAAGAGCGCCGAGGAGACAUCUGCGACCACGAAGAAGAAGGAGGGCCUGGCCGGCUACUACGAGGAGGCGUUCUCCAGUCGUGGCUCGCACAAUUCCCCCCGGGAGCGGGUGAUUCAGGAAUCGGCCGUGAUCGUGGAACUGACAACCAACCGCGAGAUCAAAAUUCUGGAUCUUCUGACGGAAGAUUUCUGCGACCAUCUGGCCCUGAUCUUCCAACGUCCGCGAGCCUCGGUCUACUUGACCAUUCAGCAAUGUGCUGCCCUGUCGUUUAGCAACACUUCGCUGCCGGGAUAUUUGUUGAAGGUUUACACUCUGCCUUCUCUGAUGGCACCCCUCACGAACAUGCGCUACACCUCUCUGCUCGCAGACGAGAUGCAAGAGCUUCUUGACAUUGGUCCUGAGCAGGGCGUGAUUCUCCUUCUCGCAGUCCCGGAGGACAACUUUGCUGCAGGUGGCGCAACCGCCAGCGGGGAAAUUCUACGAAUUGAGCGCGCACAUCAGGAAGAAAGUCUCGGUCUCUUUCGAUCAUUUGGAAAGCAAAUUUCGCGUCGUCGCCUGAAGUCAAGCAGCGGCGAUACCAGCGGACCUCUGUCUCCUCCCACCAGCUCAAUCCAAUCACCCCCUACGGGCCGUGGCCUCAAGGGAUUCAUCAACGAAGACAUUGCCACUGUUGAGCAGCGUGUCGAGCAACGCCCUCGCCUGGGAAUGAAGAAGUCUGUGCAGAACUUCUUCGGCCGCCGUCGACUUUUCGACAGAUCCCCCGUUGACAAGAACGAGGAUCAAGACACCGCCAAGGGCAAGAACGCCGACAACAUCCAAGCCUAUGAACAGAAGGACCAAGAGGAGGAAAACCAGGAGGAAAACCAGGUGGAGGCCAAGCCGAAGAACCAGGAGCGGGUGAAGUGGGAGGAUGAGGAACGGGCCAAGCGCGGCGAGUAG